AUGGCUGUUGAGAUUGCAGCUCUAGAAGCCAAUAAUACUUGGACCUUGACACCUUUAACUCCAAAUAAGAAACCCAUUGGUUGUAAAUGGGUUUAUAAAGUCAAGUACAAGUCAGAGGAUUCUAUGAAGUGUCUCUUGGUUGUGGCUGCUGUAAAGGGUUGGUAUCUUGGGCAGCUUGAUGUUAACAGUGCUUUCUUACAUGGGGAUUUAUCUGAGGAGGUUUAUAUGUCUCUUCCACCAGGGUUUCAGAGCCAGGGGGAGAUGGUUUGUAAGUUGAAUAAGUCACUUUAUGGGCUGAAACAGGCUUCCAAGCAAUGGUUUGCCAAAUUCUCUUCUACCUUGGUUCAGUUGGGCUUCAAACAAUCUAAAGCAGAUUACUCUUUGUUGACUAGACAAAAGGGUCAUUGCUUUAUGGUUUUGUUGAUCUAUGUAGAUGACGUAUUGAUAGCUUGUAAUGACAAGGAAGAAGUUGAUCAGUUUAAGGUGUUGCUGGAUCAGAAAUUUAAGUUGAAGGAUUUAGGUGACUUGAAGUAUUUUCUUGGUUUAGAGAUUGCGAGGUCAGAUAAGGGUAUAUCAAUGUGUCAAAGAAAAUACACUUUAGAAGUGCUAAGUGAUGUUGGCUUGUUAGGCUGUAAACCAGCCAAAACACCAAUGGAACAAAAUGUAAGGUUAAGCAAGUAUGAAGGGGAAGAACUUAAGGAUCCUAGUGCUUAUAGAAGACUUGUUGGAAGGUUAUUGUACUUAACAAUCUCUAGGCCAGACACAUUUACUGUCCAUAGGUUAAGCCAGUACAUGUCCAAGCCAAGGAAACCACAUCUGGAUGUAGUGCAUAGGGUGCUCCAAUAUUUGAAGAAUGAACCAGGUCAGGGUCUUCUGUUUUCAGCUAGCACAGAUUUGCAUGUAAAAGGCUUCACAGACUCUGACUGGGCUACUUGUCCUGACACUAGGAGGUCUAUCAUAGGCUAUAGUGUUUUCAUUGGUUAUUCCUUAGUUUCAUGGAAGUCCAAGAAACAAUCAACAGUCUCUAGAUCAUCUGCAGAAGCAGAGUAUAGAGCAAUGGCAGUGGCCACUUGUGAAAUAGUGUGA